UCUUCUAUUAGGAUAUUCAAGAAAAUUAUAGUCUUCGUAACGUAGUUCAGUACAAAUCGGGGAAGAAGUUGGAGACUGUAACGCAGGUUCAGUACAGACUGGAGGAACUCUUGCGGUCUUGGAAGAAAUCUUCAGCGUCUUAAGAAAGGGAAUUCCCCUCGGUCCGGUCUCAAAUUUUCAACUUCCGGAAGUAAAGCAAGUUCAAAGAGAAGAAAUGGCAGGACCUUAUCUUUCACCACUUGGGCCACAAGCGGAUCUACUCACGGAAUACAUGUUUGGUCGUCGGCGCCAGAGACGAAACCGAACUACUUUCACGCCUCAACAGCUUCAAGAGUUGGAGUCCCUUUUUCAAAAAACGCACUACCCUGACGUUUUUCUGCGUGAGGAAGUCGCCCUCCGAAUUUCUCUCUCAGAAGCUCGAGUCCAGGUUUGGUUCCAGAAUAGGCGUGCAAAAUGGAGAAAGCAGGCUCGCUUACAAUUAUUACAGGACGCAUGGAGAAUGCGUUGUUUGGGUUUGGGAAGUGCUGCUCCACUUCUUCUCAGGCCGCCGCCUCCGGGGGUGGAUCGUCCUGACGUUUCACCGCCACCCCCACCGACUUUGUCCUCCCCACAAGUUUCGGCGUCUUCCGCCUCAGAAAAAAAUUCUGAAAAUGGGCCUAUAACAGUACCAGCGUGUCGAGACUAUCGAAUUCUACCUCCACCUCAUGGAUAUACAAUGUCCUGUGAUAAAUCUCCAGAAAGAGUCAAGUGUUGCGGUUCACCGAUAAGAAAUUCUGGGAGCCCUUCCGAAAAUGAUAGCGCUGGGUUAAUCAUGAGAGAAAGACCUCAAGAAUCUGAGAUGGAUCUUACAAUUAAGGGUCCUCACCCUCCAAGACACCCACAAAUAACAUCCCUUUUUCAUCACCUCAACACAAAUUCACAAGUGGAAUUAAGUCCAUCUUCUCAAUCUAUGGACGAACCACUCGACGUUACACUUAAUAGUAACAAAAACAAUUAAAUCAAACGUGAGAUAAUUAUUUAAUAAUAAAAAUAAUCAUACAAAAUUAUUUAUUUAUAUUUAUACACUAGCGUCGAAAAUUAUAUCUACGGCUAGCGCAAGCAGCACAAAAAAUUACUCACAACUUUGACAGACUAUAACUCAAUCGAAAGUUAUAUAAAAUCUCUGAAAUUUACAGGAAGUAAUUUUUAAAAUCAUAGUUUUAAUUUAUGUUAAAACAAAUUGAAAAAUCUUUUCGCGUUCCCGUGUUAUAAAUAAGAAUGUCCAAGGGUUGCGUAGAUUUUGUAUUGGCUGAAACUGGACACAACGCUUGGGCAUUGUUAUUUAUAACUCGGGUUUUUCGUCAGAUUUUUCCAGUUUUUACGUUCCAAAUUAAAGGUAAGUUUUUGGAGAUUGCUUCUUGUAAAUUUCAGAUUGUUGCUAUAAUUUUCCAUCGAGUUAUCAUCUGUCAAAGUCAUCUGUGAUUUUCAGUGCCGCUCAUGAUAGUCGUGUAGAUAAUUUCCAACGGUAGUUCAAAUUUUUAAAAAUAUUUAUUUAAAAUUAGAUUUGAGAACAAGAUUUAAUCUUUCUUGCUUAUC